GUGGGCUGUCGUCUAUGGGGUCACACAAAGUCAGACACGACUGAAGCGACUUAGCAGCAGCAGCAGCAGCAGAGGAACAAGAGAGAAAAAAAAUACAUAAAGAGAAACAGGCAGUGAGUGAGUGGCAUGGCCAUAAGGUGGAGCAGUGACUAGUGAUGCAGUAAUGGCAGCAGUGUCCCUGGAGCCAAGAGGAAGCCGUAAUAAUGACUAUUCUUAGCCUCUUUUGAGAUCUAACUCCUCUCACCCAUCAACUUACCAGUGAUCUCAGUAAUUGCUGGUCAUGUCUUCCCUGACCCAGACUCAUUUGACUGAGUUGACAUCCCCCAGCUUUUACAGAAGGAGCUCUAAGCUAACACAAGUGAAAUAGCCUCCCUACUGAGCUUCCUGAAUUGACUCUGUUCGUUUCUCUAAACCAUUAUGCACAAUGAAGCCAGAAUGAUGUGUCCAAAAUGUAAAUCUAAAUUUAUCAGCUUCUUUGCUUAAAGCUCACAAAGGGUUUCCUAGUCUCUUGACAUAAGGUGAAAAUUCCCUACCGUAAUCUGUCACUUCCUGUGUAAUCUAGCAGCCAUGCCUUCUCUUCAUCCUUACCUGGAGCCUCUCUCCCUGUCAGCUUCUUUGGUACAGUCAUUGUGGCAUUUGUUCAGUCCUUCCUGAUCACCACCAUCGUUCCUGCCAAUGGGUUUAGCACAGGCUCCCCCGUCUGUCUAUAGCGUGGAUCCCCUGCCCUUUGUCCUGUGCUUAGUCGCUCAGUCAUGUCUAACUCUUUGCUACCCCAUGGACUGUAGCCUGCCAGGCUCCUCUGUCUAUGGGGAUUCUCCAGGCCAAAAUACUGGCGUAAGUUACCAUGUCCUCCUCCUCACUCCUACUUGGCAUCAACCAUCAAUUCCUCAGGGCUGCCUCCCUGACUUCCCUGACUGAUGCCAAUCUCACAGAAUCCCGGAUGCACAGUAAUGUCAUAUGUGUGACUUCUUGUGUGUUACCUGGUUAAUAUCAGUCUUUCCCACUAAGCUCCCUGAGAUCAAGAUCCAUGUCUGAACUUUCUCAUUAUUGGGUCCCCAGGACCUUGCAGGGUGGCUGGCCCACUGCAGGCACUCAAAUAUUUGUUGACUGCAUGCAUGGUUUAAUGUCUGUUAACAAAUAAACAAUAGAAUACAGCUCUUCUACAGGAGCCACUGUUUAGUUGUCAUGGAGUGAAGGACACUGGCAACAGUGGCCAAGCAACUGUUGCUUAGGAAGGGCCAACACACAACAGGAGACCAGAGUAUGUGUGGCUGCGUGCACAGUACUCAGGACCAAGCACUCCGCUUGGAAGGGGAGCCCAAUCCUCCUGCAGCCCCAACAUCUACUUUAGCACCUAAGAACAUGCCCAAAAGCAUUUCAAUAUCCAAACAGCUGGCUUCAAUAAAAGCUCUACGCAAGGGCUCAGAUCUGGAAAAAGCCAUCGCCACGGCUGCUCUGGUUUUCAGAAACUCUUCUGACCCUGAUGGUAAACUCGGAAAAGCUACUGCCAAAAAUCUGCUGCAAACCCAGUUUAAGAAUUUCGCAGAGGGACAAGAAACCAAAGCAAGGUACAAAGACCUCCUUUCUGAACUUGACGAACACACAGAAAAUAAGCUGGAUUUUGAGGAUUUCAUGGUCUUACUGUUAAGCAUCACUAUAAUGUCAGAUUUGCUCCAAAAUAUAUGGAGUGUAAAAAUUACACAAUAAUCAGCUUUAAAUAAAUAGUUAGGCAAAUUAAUGGCAAAAUACAAUGUUAAAUGAUUUAAAAUUUUUUCAUUUUAUUUUUGAUCAACUGAAAGUACUGAUCAUGCACCUGGGGUUGCCUAGGGUGGGUCUGAUUGCUAAUAUUCAGACCCUUUGUCACUACAGAAAUCUAUGCACACUUUUCAGGAAUGUUUGAAUAACAUGAUAUAAUCUCUGAUGCUUUAUAAUAUAAUAGGUUUGAUACCACCAAAUAUUGCAUUGCUUCUGUUGUGUCAGUAGUGUUUUAGAGCACUUCCCUUAGAGUCACUGAGCCCCUCACUCAUUCAUCCAUCAAACAAUGUGUAUUGAGCUUCUACUUGAUGGUAUUGCUAAGGACAAAGUAAUGAAUCAGCCAAUCUCUGCCCUCAGACAUGCCUACCAGAGUCUUAGCAGAGGAGACAGACUGUGAACAUUUUAUCAAUCAAUUUCUUAUACAGUAUAAUUAUAAUUGUGAUAAGGGCUACAGGUUGCUGAAAGAGUUGUUAUCACGUGACUUGGGAUCAAAGGUCAGAGAAGCUCUAUUGGCUUUCUGCAAAAGGCGAAACUGUAAGAGGAAUAAAACAGAUCUGUGGCUGCCAGGACUGUGGGUAAGACAUGGAGUUGUCCACAGAUGGGCAUGAGGGCACUUUUAGGGGGAUGGAGAUGUUCCAUAGCUUGAUUGUGGUGAUGGGUACAUGACUGCACACAUUUGUCAAACUCUUAGAACUGCACACACAAAAGCGGGGGUGGAUUUUACUUUAUGUGAAUUCUGCCUGCAUAUUACUUGUGUGAGUCACUCAGUCGUGUCCAACUCUCUGUGACCCUGUGGACCGUAACCCACCAGGCUCCUCUGUCCAUGGGAUUCUCCAGGCAAGAAUACUGGAGUGGGUUGCCAUAUCCUUCUCCAGGGAAUCUUCCCAACCCAAGGAUUGAACCCAGGUCUCCUGCAUUAUAGGCAGAUUCUUUACCAGCUGAGCCACCGGGGAAGCCCUAUAUAUGACUUAAAACCCCAUAAAUCCCAAUAUCUUUGUAAUUUCUGGCCAUGAUUUAACCAACAAUUCCUUGACAAUAUGAUCUAAAAAUGGUCAUGUCCUCAGGAAACACAUUCCCUGUGGCUAUACCUGAAUUCCUGAGUUUAAAUUACACACACACAUCAGUCAAUGCCUAAGUCUUUGAGAUAGACUUUCACCAAGAUUUUAAUUCAUUCCAGAAUUAUUGUAGCUUCCUAAGUUACCUCCCUCACCUCCCCUUUUCCUUCCAACCCAACACUGUAAGCCUCAGAGGCACAUGUUAAGGGAUCCUUUCCGAAGGAGAACCUCCACCCCUGGUCUGGAGAAGUGUUACCUCACCUGUGUGUGUG